ACCAUGCACAGGAAACCGAAAGUUAGGUGUGAAUGGUGACUCGUCGAAGUGGGGAGUUCAGUGAGUGGAUGUGGCCGGAUCUUAUCGGAGGUUAUCCGUGCCAGCGCAGCUUGUCGGCGGCUUUCUGACGCGGCGUGUCCCGCUCCUACUCUCAGCCUCGGUUCAAUGUGAACUUCCUCACUUCCUCGGGUAGCAUGGACACGGCCCGCUUGAAGCGCCAGGAGGACAUAAAACAUGCCCUGGCUUUUAUACAGUCUCCUCUGGCUUAUCCAGAUCCAGAUGGCUACCAGGACUUUCUGACCAAAUUAGUGUGCAACCUGCUCGAGGAGGGAAACGACUUCUUUCGAGACAAGGAAUGGGAGCAGGCCGUCAGAGAGUUCACCGAGGGCUUGAACGUGGCGUGCUACGCCGAAACGACGGAGGUCCACGUCCCCGAGGCGUUGUUGGAGAGUCUGUUUGUGAACCGCGCUGCUGCUCACCACAGUUUGGGGAAGUAUGAUGAAGGCGUGCUGGACAGUGACCGUGCUCUGGAAGUCUGCCCGACCAGCCGCAGAGCUCUUUACAGGAAGGCGCUGUGUCUGAAGGAGCUCGGGAAGUUCAGGGAAUCCUACGACUGCAUCACAGUGUGCCUGCUCAUCUGUCCUCAGGACAAACAGGUGAGCGAUCUGGCUCAGGAGCUGACCUCCCAUCUGGGCCUGAAGAGUCGAAAACCCUACGUCAGCUCCAAGGCGCCUGCAGAUCACUUAGGGAAUGGUUUGAGCUCUCAGCAGAGCGCUGUUCCAGCUGCUUCUCCCGCUCUGCCCCAGUCCUCCCACACCCUGUCUUCUCCAAACCACAACACGCCGGCCUUCUCCAGAUUACCUGACAGGCUGGAGAGUCUGGAGGACUCCGAGCUGAUGGGAGAUGAUUUGGACAGUCUGCUAGAUGACUUUUCCACACAGCCGGAACAGACCGAGGUAGCGUUCCCGAUCCCCAGCAGUACGUUGGACGCUUUCACACACCCCGCCCUGUCUGACCUGCCUGCCCCAACUCCCAAGCUACCCCCGGCCUUUUUCAGCUCGCCCAUCAGCCAGCUCAACGCCCUGGACUCCUUCUCCAGCGAGGGGCUUGGCGCCUCUGCCGCGACGCUGGAUGUCUUAGACGACCUCUCCGCCUUGAGGCUCGGACAGGCUUCAAACGCCCCGGCCCCGGCCCCGGCCCCGGCCCCCGCUGCAGCGCUGGACGCCCUGGACAGCCUCGACAGUCUCGACACCCUCGACUCCCUCGACGACUUAUUGGACGCCGCCGACGGAGGAGUUCAUGAGCCCGAAACGAAGUUCCACCCAGGAGAGAAGUCUCUGGAUGAACUGCUAAAUGAAGCCCACCUAAAGUACACUUUCCCCAUUCCCAAUGGCCACGCUGCGGCCGUCCCUCAAGUUAGCAGUACGGCGCUGGGCCACCUCAACUCUCUCGACACUCUGGACUCGUUUACCCCGGGGGACCAGAGGGGAGGAGCUCCGCCUGCAGCCUCACACGUGGGAAAAAGUCUGGAUUCCAUCUCCAGUUUCACCGCAGCUGGUUUCCCGAGCUCUCACAGUGCCGCCGCUCCAGUGACCAGAGCUCCACAAAAUCACUAUAAUGAGAAGGCGAACAACGGGACCAGUGCAGUUUGUAACCCGCUGUUCGCCACCCACGAGUUCCUGCAGGCGUGUUCCACCUGUUUCCCUCGGCAAGGUGUGGGGAUAUAUAGUUACGUUCACAAGCCGAAUCUGGCCCACAACUGUGCGCGAGACGUUCUCCUAUGUAGACGGAAGAAGAAGCCCCCCGCAGAAUGGGUCCGAGUGCGACCGAUUCCCGCCUGGAAGUCAUUUAUUGGACCUUUUGUGCUGUGCAGAGAGGUGAUAAACUCUGGAAAAUUGGGUGUGUGUAAGUACGGAGAGGACUGCACGUUCGCCUACAACCAGCUGGAGAUCGACGUUUGGACGGAGGAGAGGAAAGGGACGCUGGACAGGAGCCUGCUGUUUGAGACGACCGCUGCCAAACUGGACCCUGUCAACAACAUCACACGGCUUCUGCAAGAGAACAAGGGCAUGUUCAUGUUCCUCUGUCAGGAGUGCUACGACAACAAACCCAGAAUCAUCAGCAAGCGCUCCCGAGACAAUCACACCGUCUGCUCCAACUUGGACGUCCACCAUAAUUUCGAUGCCGAUAAGUGCCUGGCGUUUGUGGUGAGGACCCACAACAUAAUCUACAAGAAGGUCCGGCCGCUGAACAUCCUGUGCCAAAUGGACUUGUGCCGUCAGGCCGUCCGCUACGGCUGCGGGAAGGAGGACACUUGCCAGUACGCCCACUCCGUCAUCGAGCUGAAGACCUGGAGGGUGCAGCGCGACACAGGUAUCACCCCUGAUGAGAUUGUGAAAAUAUCUGACAGAUUUUAUGAAAAACUGGAGCAAAGCUCAAGCAAACAGAAAAGAAACAGAUUGUCUGGCGGAGGCUCUGAGAACAAACCAAAAGGAGCCGGAGGAGGAGGAGGAGGAGAGGCUGGUAAAAACCUGGACAUGAAUAUGAAGUUCGUUUGUGCUUAUUGCUGGCGAGACGGCCUGAUCAGUGUCCCGGACAAAUCCCUCAAACACUGCUCCGCUAAAGCCCGACACGCGUGGACCAAAGAUAGACGAGUACUGCUGGUCAAGUCUGUAGAGAGGAGUAAAUGGGUUCAAGUCCGACCGCUGCCGCAUGCCAAGAAUUUCCCCCCACAGUAUGAAAUAUGCACUCAGAUUCUGACCAAGAAGAAAUGCACCUUCCCGGGCAAGUGCACCUUCGCCCACAGUCCAGAGGAGCGGAAGAUGUGGAUGUACAUGAAGAACAAUGACUUGUUCGACAUGCAGCAGAUGUAUGACAUGUGGCUGACACUAACCGUCCAGAAACGCCAGAUAGACGAAACGCAGCAUUUCUCGGAGGAGAAAUUCAUCAUGAUGCCAACGGACUACGCUGAACCACUGAGCGGGUUUCACUGCCGUCUGUGCGGUAGACACAGUAACGGCGAGCGGCAGUGGCAGCAGCACAUUUCCUCCGAGAAGCACAAGGACCGGGUGUUUAGCUGUGAGGGAGAGGACGAGGCGCCCAUGUGGAGCUACCGCUUCCCCGGCAGACACUUCAAACUCUGCCCAAAGUCGGAGAGCAAGUGUCCCGACGGCCUGAGCUGCGACUCCGCCCACAGUCCCGAGGAGCUGCAGGAGUGGACGGAGAGACGCGACUUCCUGCGAAAGAAGCUAGCUAAAGCCAGGGAGGACAUGCUCAUCAUGCCGGAUGAGUUUGACUUUGGAAAGUACAACUUUCUACUUCAGGACUGAGAAAUAUUUUCAACCAUUUUUUUUCCUUUACUGCCAAACAAGCAUUUCUGAGUAUUAGGGGUUUUUACAAUUCAGAUGACUCACCAUGGAGGACUUCAAAGUCUGAGAAGUAUGUUUCUAUUCAUCCAACACUGUUUACUUUAGAUGUUAGUGAUUUCAGGUGAGGCUUCAGCACGGACUGCACAGUGCUGUUAAAAACAAGCUUGUGUUGGCGCCACAUUAAAAGUCAAAGCUUUGUUCACCAGUGAAGUUUCAUAAGGAAAACUUAAUCAAUGAUGUACGCCAUUUUCUCGUGCCUUUUAUUUUGUUCUUUUUCCACUUUUGCAGUGCUUUUGUUUCAGCGGGGAUUGGGAAUAAUGAGUGCCUUCAGUUCAUAUUUUACAAAACAUGUUCCGAAACAUAACCGUGCAAUAAACAUACUCCCCAUAGAUCAUA